UUGGUUGAUAAUUUUAUGCAUGGCGACGUCAAUUCAUCAACCCGCAAAGCUUCAAGCUCUAAAUCAUUCAAUCUACAACAACUAAUAUCGAAAGACCCGCCAUAUCCCGCCGCAACAUACCAAUUGCGAAGAUGUCGGGCAAAUAUGCCUUCGCGAAGGCCUUAAAGGAGGUUCGCUUCCUAUUCUGCCACAGUGGGGAGGGAAGUGCUGCUACAAGGACAUUCCUUACGAGAGCGUACCCUACGAUGAAGAAGAACAACCCAUAUACCCCCAUCCUAUUGCGCGAAGCAGCCGGUACUUUACCUAAGGUCUAUGCGAGAUAUGAUUUUGGAAAGGAGAGCAGCAAGUCACUAGAAGGACUCACGGACAAGCAAAUCGAAGAGGCCGUUACGCAAUUAGUCAAGAGCGAAUCUACCGCAUGAAUAUCAACGACUAGACCCGCCGAGAGCGAGAAUUAGGCAUAAAGAAACGCCGUCAUGUCACUAUAAUGAGAAUUAAACCAACCUUGUGAAUACAAAGUAUCGAAUGUGUCAUUAUUAAACGGUCCUUGUGGUCUUACUAUAGUGGGGGACGAAAAUACUUAAAUCAGGUUUACUUCGUCAUGAGACCAACCAUACGAGGGGGUUAAUAGCUCUGUUGUUGCGCGAGGAGAUUGCAAGUAACUGCUACGGGAGCUAUCGUAUACAUACAUAAAUAGCGGCUUUGUUCUAAGGGCUCCCUUGCCUCCACAUCAGCGAUAAGGGGUUCUUCCGAUACUUCCCAGGAUGGAUCGCUUCGUAUGGUUCAACUACUAACACAUUUAAUGGUAUGUGUAUGCUAAUAAAAAGGUGAAGAGAAUCCAUUGCGACUUCACUAACUCUUCAUAUCUACCUAUCUAUAUAAGGCUUGUCCCUAAAGCUACCAUUCUUCCA